AACAGGAAGAAGAAGAAGCAGUAGAAGGAAAGGAAGAACAGGAUCAGCUGUACUGGCUUUGCAACCGUGGCAAACCGUGUUGGAACAAUAAACAGCAAAAAUGACAAGGGGAAACCAGCGUGAGCUCGCCCGUGCAAAGAAUGCAAAGAAGCAAACUGAAAAAACCAAAGGCAAGACCGAAGAUGGCUUGUCAGCUGCAGCAAGAAAGCAGAGGGAUGCAGAGAUAAUGCAGCAGAAACAGAAGAAAGCCAAUGACAAGCCUGGAGAUGAGAAAAGCAAAUAACAGCUGGAUGAGGAGCCAUUCAAGACUACGCUCUUGUCCUGAGAUAUAACCCAUUUGAUCCAUCAUUCAUCCCAAGCUCUUGUUUGUAAAACCACUUUGAAGUCCAGUUAGUGGUGGAGGUUGUACUUCACUGUUUGGAAAAUCAACAGUUUAAAGAACUCAGGCUUUACUGUUAAUCAGUAUAUAAAGUAAAUGUAUGGAACAAGAAUUUCUACCUGCAUUGAAACUCGUUAUUUUAUAUUUCAUGUCAAAUCUUAAUAAAAGCUUUUGUUUAUUCCA